AUGGCAUUUUGGGCCAGUGUUGCCAGUUCUACGAGUGAUAUUCAUCAGUCACCAAAAGUGAUGCCUGUUCUGAACCCAAAUCAGAGGCAAUUCCUACACGACGAAUUGAGCAACAAAAGCAAAUUGAAUUUUUUGGUCAAAAACAAUGCACGCAAUUUGGAGGAUUAUUAUGUGCGCAAGGAGGAAGUCGUCGAUGAUCCCGAAUUGUUGGAUAAGCAUGAUUCAUUUUAUCACACUACCAAAAGUUUGUUGGUGCUCUUCCAAAUCAUGGGUGUUAUGCCCCUAAGACGAAAUCCUCCCAUACCGGGUCUACCACGAACAGGUUAUUCAUGGGUUUCCCGGCAAUUCUUUUGGGCUCUAUUUGUGUAUACAUUGCAAACGAUUUUGGUGGUAAUGGUGCUCCAGGAGAGAGUGAAUAAUUUCAGAGAUAAUCCAGAUAAACGUUUCGAUGAGGCCAUCUAUAAUGUCAUCUUUAUAAGUCUGCUGUUUACCAACUUUCUUUUGCCGGUGGCCAGUUGGCGUCAUGGACCCCAGGUGGCCAUAUUCAAAAAUAUGUGGACCAAUUAUCAACUGAAAUUCUAUAAAGUCACUGGAACUCCCAUAGAAUUUCCCAAUUUGUAUCCUUUGACCUGGGGUCUGUGUAUCUUUUCAUGGGUCUUGAGUAUAGCCAUCAAUUUGUCGCAGUAUUUUUUGCAGCCCGAUUUUAAGCUGUGGUACACUUUUGCCUAUUAUCCAUUGAUAGCCAUGUUGAAUGGUUUCUGCAGUUUGUGGUAUAUCAAUUGUACUGCCUUUGGCAUAGCCAGCAGAGCCUUAUCGGAGUCCUUGCAAACGACUUUGAAAAGUGACAAGCCAGCACAAAAGAUAACUGAAUAUCGUUACCUAUGGGUGGAUCUGAGUCACAUGAUGCAGCAAUUGGGUCGCGCCUAUUCCAAUAUGUAUGGCAUGUAUUGCCUGGUUGUCUUCUUCACCACCAUUAUUGCCACCUAUGGUUCAUUCAGUGAAAUUCUCGACCAUGGAGCCACCUUUAAGGAAAUUGGUCUUUUUGUUAUUGUCUUCUAUUGCAUGAGUUUGUUGUACAUCAUUUGCAAUGAGGCUCAUCAUGCAUCUCAGAAAGUCGGUUUGGAUUUCCAAACUCAGCUUUUGAAUAUCAACCUAACAGCGGUGGACACUUCAACUCAAAAGGAAGUGGAAAUGUUUUUAGUGGCAAUUGCCAAAAAUCCACCUACCAUGAAUUUGGAUGGCUAUGCUACCAUUAAUAGGGAGUUGAUAACAUCGAAUGUCUCUUUUAUGGCUACAUACUUGGUGGUGCUCUUACAAUUCAAAAUAACCGAACAACGUGGACUGAGAUCUGAACAGAGCGCAAAGGCAUAAGGGAACCCGGAUCGAUUUCGCUUAUAGGAUCAAAGUGUUGAUUGCAUAGAUGCGUUAAUGCAGCCAAAUCCCCAUCGCACCU